CGGACCAGCGAGCCGUUGCAGUUUGGGGCAAGCCUCACCGGCGAGCGCCAUUGUGACUUUCGCAGGCGCUGGUAGCCCUGCGUGAGAGCCCGUCGGGGACAGCAGCCCAUCUUCUGUUUUAUUUGCAACCUCUGGAGCCCAGUGUCGGCUUCGUUAGUAGCUCCACUUCUACGGACCCGGGGGAAGGUGUGUAGUCCUGAUUUCGGAUCCUGAGGAGACAUCGCGUUCUAGAUGGGGAACACAGUUUAAGAAAACCAACCGCGUUCUGGAUUGGAGGACAUCAGCCGUCCCCUCUCGGUUAAAGGGAAACCUACUUGUAAACUUAUGGAAUUCGCGGAGAGGACUCAAUGGGCACUUUGCAAUUUUGGGAUGGACUGGUCAUAUCCUGCUGAGGUCGGUAUAUGGGCAAAGAUGGGGGAGCCACUGGGCACAUUCCUUAGUGCCCCCCGCCUCUUCCACCUUCAGGUUCGUCAGCGUUCUGCCAACUCCCACUAGAGAAGACUAAAGACAGUAUGGCUUCCACGCUUCCAACGUCCUGCUCCCAUGCGUCUGUGAAGUUUGAAGAUAUAUCCGUGACAUUUACCAAGGAAGAGUGGGCACAGCUGGACCUCCAACAGAAGUGCCUGUACAGGGAUGUCAUGAUGGAGAACUACAGUAACUUGAUUUCAGUGGAAUGUUCUGGGCCUGCUCCAGACCCUGGCAUGAAUUUCUUUCCUGCUGAAAGUCCUCCGAUGAAGAUCAAGGUUUUUGAGGUCCUUACAUUGAACAGUGAUGUGGCUGGUCCCCGGAAUGCCCUGAUUCAUUCCCUCUAUCCAGAAAGUGGGGAAGACUUGAACCCAGGUAACCUCAAGCCAGCUCAACAGCCAAGCAAGCAUUUGAAUGACACUGAAGCUUCGCGCCAGAAGUUCCGACAUUUCCAAUAUGAUGAGUCAGCUGGUCCCCAGGAGGCUGUGUCCCAGCUUCAUAAGCUGUGUCACCAGUGGCUGCAGCCCAAUACACGUUCAAAGAAGCAGAUCCUAGAGUUGCUGGUGCUCGAGCAGUUCCUGAAUGCACUGCCUGAGAAGUUCCGGGUGUGGGUAGAGUCCCAGCACCCAGAAGAUUGCAGAGCAGCGGUGGCUUUGUUGGAGACUAUGACCUCAAUGUCUAAGGAUGAUGCUCGGCUUGCCUGUUCUAGUGAGACCACUGAUCAACUAAAGGAGACAAGAAAGGAUGUGAUCACCUUACCAGUUACUGUACCACCUGAGGAACCGGUGACUUUCCAGGAUGUGUCCGUAGACUUCAGUCAAGAGGAGUGGAAGCUACUAGGUCCAACGCAGAGGACUGAGUAUCAAUAUGUGAUGCUAGAGACCUUGGGCAACUUGGUAUCUGUGGGGUGGGAGCCUACAUUGGAAAACAGAGAGUUAACGCCAGACUCACCCAUUCCUGUGGUAAAACCAAUUCAUGACCCAAACCCAAAUGAUCUCUCAAGGAAUGGUGCCCAGUCCACUGUCUUUGAAAGCAUCUCACCAGAUGAGGUCCAAGAAAGGCACACCAUAGAAUCAAAUGAAGUGGGGCUUCUGCAGGAAAAAGGCCACCCUCAGAAGGAGCUCUCUGAAAGCUCCAAAUCUCAGGACCAAACUAGUCUUCACAAAAGCCAGUGCUCACUCAGUGAAGUUCUUCCUAGGAAGCAUGUAAAAGUUAAGCAGAAGGGCACUGGAAAGGGGAAAGGCAGGACAAACACCAUUUCCAUGACACGAGGUUUACGCAUAAGAAAUCAGCAGACGGACUCUGUGGAGUGGCAAGGCAGGAGUGGCAGCAGUCCUAUGACACAUAGCUCCCCUAUAAAAAAUCACCUGCGGGGUUCUGAGCAGAGAAAAGCUCAAGCCAGCAGAGGUCCCAUUACUUUACCUGCAAAAUUUAACCAGAAAGCCACCGGCUCUGACAAGGGUAGAAUUAGGGACAGUAGCAAUGCCAUUGUACAUGAUGCACCUACAAAGAAUCAGCAGAAAGGCCCUGAAUGUCAUAAAGUUGGGAAAAGCAACAAUUCCAGGUCAGAAGAUUCAUCUGUACGAAAUCACCAGAUGGGGUCUGGGGAAGGAAGAGCUAUGGACAGCAGUAUCUUGACACAUGCUUUACCUGUAAAAAUUCACCAGAAAGGCUAUGAAGAAGGUAAAGUCCAAGGAAACAAGAAUUCCUUAAAACCUGUAAAACCUCAGCAGAAGGGUUCUAAAGGGGAAAGAGUCAGGAAACUCAGCACUUCUGAAAAACAUGUUCCUUAUGUAAUAAAUCACCUAAAGACCUCUGAAAGAGGAAAAGGCAGGGAAAUCAAUGCUUCCAUAAAAUGUGGUUCCUCUGUAAAAACUUACUGUAAGGGUUCUGAAGUGAGAAAGCACAGGAGAGCCAACAAUCAUGGGAAAGGCAACAGCAGGCAUGCUCAGCAGGUAAUCUUUAUAAAAAUUCACCCGGGGAGCCAAGUUUGCAGAUGCAGUGAAUGUGGUAAAAUGUUCCAAAAUGCUAGGUAUUUCUCCGUCCAUAAGAAGAUCCACACAGGAGAGCGGCCUUAUGUCUGUAUGACCUGUGGGAAAGCAUUUGUUCAGAGCUCCUCCCUCACACAGCAUCUCAGACUUCAUAGUGGAGAGAAACCAUUUGAGUGUUCAGAGUGUGGGAGGACCUUCAGUGACCGUUCAACCAUCUCUCAGCAUCUGAGAACUCAUACAGGAGCAAGGCCCUACCACUGUGAGCACUGUGGGAAAGCUUUCCGUCAGAGUUCCCACCUCACCAGGCAUUUGAGAAUUCAUACUGGGGAGUGACCAUAUGUGUGCACCAAGUGUGGGAAGGCAAUCACAUAGAGCUCACACUUUAUUGGGCAUCAAAACAAACAAACAAACAAAAAAAGGGAUAAAACUAAAAGUAUGUAGUUCAAUAAACUAUUAAUAAUUGUGUGGAA